AUGAAGCUUGCAAUGAUCCUCUCCAUCGUGGCCGCAGUGGCGGCGCUACCAGCGGCGAAAGACGACCUUGCUGCUCAGGCACCGUAUUCGAAGGCCGAUGGCCUCAAGUUCAACAUCGAUGGUGUCACAAAGUACUAUGCCGGCACCAACAGCUACUGGAUGCCCUUCCUCACCAACAACAACGAUAUCAAUGUUAUAAUGGGUCACUUGAAAUCCUCAGGGCAUAAGGUCCUUCGCGUCUGGGGCUUCAACGAUGUGACAUCUAUCCCCGGCUCAGGCACAGUUUACUUCCAGUCCUUCUCUGGUUCCACCGCAACCAUCAACACUGGCGCGAACGGCCUGCAGCGUCUCGAUGCCGUUGUCAAGGCAGCUGAGAACAAUGGCAUCAAGCUCAUCAUCAACUUCGUGAACAACUGGACCGAUUAUGGAGGCAUGGCAGCCUACUUCUCAGCCUGUGGCGUCAGUAGCAACGCCCAAUGGUACCAGUCCACCAAGUGCCAGGCCAUGUAUCAAGCCUACGUCAAGGCCGUCGUCUCACGCUACCGUACUUCCGCCGGUGUUUUCGCUUGGGAGCUCGCCAACGAACCCCGCUGCAACGGCUGCGCCACCUCAGUCUUGACGAAUUGGAUCCGCAACUCCUCCAACUACGUCCGCUCUCUCGAUUCCGACCACAUGGUCGCAAUUGGCGACGAGGGCUUUGGUCUCUCUGGUGAUGGCUCGUACCCCUACCAGUUUACCGAGGGUCUCGACUUUGCUGCCAAUCUCGCCCUUCCCAACAUCAACUUCGGUACGUUCCACUUGUAUCCCAAGUCUUGGGGCACCACAAACGACUGGGGUAAUGCAUGGAUUACUGCACACGCGGCGGCCUGCAAGAAGGCUAAUAAGCCUUGCUUGCUGGAAGAGUAUGGUGUCGAUACUGCUUCUGAUCACUGCCCGGUUGAGAGCCAGUGGCAGACCACAGCUCUGGGCUUGAAGAACGAUGGACUGGCUGCGGAUUUAUUUUGGCAGCUGGGCGACACUGUGCCUAGCACUGGGCAGCAGACGUCUAAUGAUGGAAAUACCAUCUACUACAACACUACGGAUUGGACGUGUCUGGUUACGGAUCACAUCAAGAAGAUUGGUUGA